CUCCAGGCAGAGUCUGGGCGCUGAAGUUGCGUUUCAGGCCGGCGGAAGUGGCGGAAGCAGAAAUGGAUAAUCCCCAGAAGCAGAGGUGUCCCAGAAACCACGUGGUCAAAGGGCUGAGCCGUGUGGCCAGACAAGAGAGGCCCCUGCCUUUGCCCAGUGAGCUCUGCUGGUAAGUGGGUCAUUGCCAAGACUUGCUCCCAAAGGGUGGGAGUGAAUCAGGAGACCAAGCUCCGCUUCUCACUGGCCGUGUGACCAUGGGCAGUUCACCUUCACUGUCCUGACCUCAGUUUUCUGUGAGUCAGGAGGACAGUUGGAUGAGAUGCCACUUGUGACCUGUGGGGCACCAACGUUCAGUGGUUGAGGUUGAUCCUACUCAGCCGUGCCCUGUGUUUGUACUUCGCUCUUAUUUACUGAGCUGGUCCCAGUCUGAACCCACAAUGAUGGAGGAAUGAGGCAGGCCUGCCCCACCCCAGCCCUAUCUGGCCCCGAAGGCUACUAAAGGACAGCUGUGCCAUUAACAAAUGAGAGGCCAGCAGGGGUCCACAGGGCUCACAGAAACCCUGGAUGUUUGGCUUCAGGGUUGGAGCUAAGGGGCCCUCAGAUUAGGGGAUGGUUUAAGCACAAUGGUUUUUAUGAGUUUGGGGUCCAUUUCAGCUCAGCUGAUGCCUUUUCCUUUGGGUUUUAAACAGCUCUGUCAAAGCCCUGCCAUACCUCCUGGUCUGAUACAAUCACAUUAUCCUUUUCUCUGAGUCCUCUGAUGUCCAGUUUUUUGCAUGAUCCUCACAAUAGCCCUUUGAGAGAAAAGGCAGGGGAGACUAGCCCAUUUCACAGAUGAAGACACUGAGAGCCUCAGGGCACAGCAAGUGAGAAGAGCCCACAGGCCUGGGGCCCAGGUCUCUCCAGAGCCAGUGCUCUUUUUCCCACAGGGGCACAAGGGCUGCCUCCCUCUGAUCUGUGUCUGCCUCUCUCACCUCACAGUUCUUACGCGAGCCAUGAAGCUGAACGAGAGGAGUGUGGCCCACUACGCCCUGAGCGACUCCCCAGCAGACCACGCAGGCUUCCUGCGCACUUGGGGGGGCGCAGGGACUCCACCCACCCCCAGUGGCACUGGCCGAAGGUGCUGGUUUGUCCUUAAAGGCAACCUGCUGUUCUCCUUUGAGAGUCGAGAGGGCCGGGCCCCACUGAGCCUAGUGGUGCUGGAGGGCUGCACAGUGGAGUUGGCCGAGGCUCCCGUGCCUGAAGAGUUUGCCUUUGCCAUCCGCUUCGACGCCCCUGGAGUGCGCCCACACCUGCUCGCGGCAGAUGGGCCAGCUGCCCAGGAGGCCUGGGUGAAGGCACUGUCCAGGGCAAGCUUUGGCUACAUGCGCCUGGUGGUGCGUGAGCUGGAGAGCCAGUUGCGUGAUGCCCGCCACAGCCUGGACCUGCAUCGCCACUCAUCCUGGAAGGCCAUUCCCAGCCGCUGUAAGCCCCAGGCUUCUGACUACUGGUCUCCUGGCCUGGAGAAUGGUUACUCCCUCUCCAGAGAUUGCAGCCCUAUGGCCUUGGUGGAAGAAGGGGGCAGCAGGCCAGCAGGGCGGGGCUUGGCCGAGUGGGAGUUGCAGGGCCCUGCCAGCCUCCUCCUAGGCAGGGGGCAGAGCCCCGUGUCCCCUGAGACUUCCUGCUUCUCUACUCUACAUGACUGGUAUGGCCAGGAGAUUAUGGAGCUGAGGCGGGUGUGGCUGCAGAGUGCCCAGGGGAGCCAGCCAGAAUGUGAGGAACGGGAUAGGCCCUGAGCCUGGGCCCUUCGGGUUCAGCCCUUGUCCUGCUGGUCAGGACACCAGGGCCAGUGCUUUUUCAAGAGUUUAAUGUUUACUGGUUUCUGAAGUUGCUGUUGGAUGUGAGUUCUCCCCUUCCUAUUUUUUAGGCUUGCUCCAGGUUCCAAAUCCACCCUCACGCCUAGAGGGGACUGAGGAAUCAUUAACUUUCAACCCCUUUAUUUCCUGAGGGCCAGAAAGGAGAGGUGGCUUGCUCAGCAGCCACAGACCUAGGUCUCCUGACUGCCCCUGUCUUAGGGGAUGUUAAUGAAAUGGAGGAAGUGGGGAAUAUUACAUGACCACAGGCCACUCUGCCUUUCACCUACACACGAUUCUACAGACACAAUUUCCAACAUGGGGAAUCUUGUAUAAAUACCAGAAGUUGGCUGCAGUGUUGGCUUGAGGGACUGAUAUUGUCAGAAAAAGUGGAUUUACUGUGUUAUGGGGCUUUCUGGAGCCCGGCUCAUCCUGAGUGAUGAGAAGAUUGGGCAUGGGACCCCCACUCUGCAAUUUGGACAGGACUCUUUGGAGGGAGAGGGCACUUGGCCAGUCAAGAGGGAUUUAUCCUGCUCCGGAAGUGUUAGGGCCCCAUCUUCUUUCCCUGGCUGCCCUGUCAACAGAUGGUGCUUGGUCAUUGCCCCAGGAGGGCCAGUAGCUUUUAUAUGUCAGCAGAAAUCCUUCCUGUACUGUGUCCUCAGCUGCCAAGUGGGAAGCUGAAGUGGGGAGGCAGUGAGGAUCCCUGGGAAAGCCAGUUUCUUACUUUGGUGUUCAGUCCUGGGCCUCUAGGAGCUUGGGCACAGGCUUCCUGGCACGCUGUGAUAAACUCUUCUCUCUUGGCUGGACCCCCAGAGAGAUGCUCCUCAUCCUGAAACCCCCUAGGAACUCGGGCAUAGUCUUGCUUGGCACCCAGUGUGUGCCUGCCAAGAUCCUCUUGUUCCUACUCUCACCAGCAUGGUGCCAAGCAUUUGCUUUAUCGAUUGUUCUGAGAGGAAAAGUGGCUGGUUGGACAGAGCCAGAGGCCAGAUCAGCCUGAUAGCCUAGGGGUGUGGUGGCAGUGGCUGGAUGGAAGAUGCAGAGCCUGGUCCAGUCAUCCCCCUCCUCCGAUAUACACAAUCUCCCCCUUCUUAGCCUCUCUCCCUUAUUGGGGCCUUGGACAGCCUGAGCUAGAGGCUUCGGCUCAGAGCCUCUUAAGUCCAGGAGGCUGACAUGCCGUCCAGGGUCCUGGACCAGUUCCUAGGAAGCCAGGCCUGUUUCCCAAGAAUAGGGGCCACCUCCCCAGCCCUGUAUGGGAGCCCCACAGCCCCGAUGCGUCUUGUUUUAUACACAGACACUACGGGCUUUUUGUUAUCUUGCUUAUUGUUACAGUGCUUUUUAUACGAUUAAAACAUUAUGGUUUUUUUAUUACUUAUUUUGGCUCAAGUUUACUUUAGCAAUCACCUGGACAGUUUGUGUGAAAGCCUCCAUUUUUCCUCUUUUCAGAUAUAGUUUCCAUUUAGCUAUACAUAACAUAUACCUUGGCAUGAAAUAAAAUUCCAAAAUCAAGUAGCACAAGUAACAAAUUUGUAUUUUUAAAUUGUUUUAAAAAAUACAGUAGUUUGAAGUUCAAUUAAAGUGGUUUCUCAUUUCAACAACCCCCUGCUCUGCCACGCCCUGGCGGUCCUGGGUGCGGCAACAAUGACAGAAAUCUGAAGGCUUCACAAGGACAACGCCAGUCAGGGGGCCCCGCCCACCAGGCCCGGAAUGAGGGCUGU